GGUCAGUGUGUGUGUGUGUGUGUGUCUGUGUGGUCAGCAGUACCCAUUGUCUUUCCCCUGUUCUGAGUUUUUGAGUAGCAUCGAGUCACCUUUCAGAGCUGUGUGUAUAUGUGAGCCGGGGAUGAUAUUUCUACCAAAUGCCUGGAGGAUAUGGAGGAUGACAGACCGCCUGCUGGGGAUUUGACACCAACAGAAGCGGUUCCUGAGGCCUGACUGAGCUCAGGUCUGGUUCUGAGGCCUGCCGGGCCUGAGGAUGGCCAUCAUUCGACUAAAACCAUGCAGACUGUCGCUAAUCAAGGCUCUUGUCUGCUCCCUGCUGGUCCUCUUGUGUCUGCACACAACCAAAGGAAUGUCUGGGUGGGGUGGAUGCUUGGACGGUCAAGAUGUGUUUGCAACGAUCAGAGAGAACAGCCACACUGGAGAACUCAUCGCUGAGCUCAUCUCAGACACCACAGGGGAAGGAGUUCGCUGGAGCCUCAACGGAAAGGAUGCUGACUGGUUCUUCCUGGACAGAGGAAAACUCCGGCUCAACACAUCGCCUGAGAAGGUCCUUGACCGGGAGGCGCAGGGUGUUGUCCUGAUGGCUGAGUUGGUGUGUUAUGAGGAAGACACACUUCAGAGUGUGUACAGGCUCAUGGUGGAGAUACUCAAUGAGAACGAUCAUUCACCUGUGUUUGCAGAAAACACGGUGCAGUCUCUCAUUAUCAGUGAGUUGACUCCUGUGAAUACUGUAGUGUUUACUGUCCUGGCCACAGACGAAGAUAACGACCAAAUCAUAUACUCCAUUGACCAGACAUCACCCGAUGCAGUGUACUUCAAGAUCGAGUUCCCAAACAGUGGUGAAAUUAUGCUGUCCAAGCCUCUGGACUAUGAGACCAAAACCCUCCUUUCCAUCACCAUCCAUGCCACGGAGAUGAGCACUGACGAGCAGUUCAACACCAGCACCAACAUCACCAUCACAGUCCUGGAUGGAGAUGACCAGUAUCCACAGUUUCUACCCUGCAUGCUGCUCUUCCAGGACGAGUCCAAUCGCGUCUGCACCAACCCUGUGUACACCGUCAACGUCACAGAGGGGGAGGAGGACAUUGUUCUGGACUUUUCUCCUGGUCCCAUUCAUGCUGUGGAUGGAGACAGAGGACUCAGCUCUCCACUCAGCUAUGCCAUCCUCUCAGGGGAUGAUGAUGGCCUUUUCCUGAUGGACAGAGAGACUGGGGAGAUGAGAUUAACUAGGGGAGUGAAGGACAGACUCACCACUCCAGUGCUGCGUCUGCAAGUCAUGGCAUACCAGGAUGACGACCCCAGGAAGUAUACUGUUGCCACAGCGUUGGUCCAUGUUGUGGCAGUGAACCAAUUUCUUCCAGAGUUUGACAUGGCUGAAUAUCAUGGCUUUGUAAUUGCAGGAAAGAGCCCUGCCACUCUGGUCAACACCUAUGGCAGCAAAGCACUAAUGUUGCGUGUACUUGACCAGGACUUUAUGCAUGGAUUCAAUCCGAUGAUCUACUUUUUCUUCAGUCCUUCAUCCAAUCACACAGACUUUUACCAAAUCACACAGGAGGGGCUUGUGAUCGCUAAGACCAAUCAACUCAAAGCAGAACAAAGUCACAUUUUAGAGGUAACAGCUAUAGACCAGGAGUCAGGUGAUGUCACCUUCGCUACUGUAGUGGUCGAAGUGCUACCUGAGGGACAAACAAUCCCUCAUAGUCCACUGGGAGACCGUGUCACAGGUUGCACUGUGGGCAAAGCUUUGGCUCUGAGUGUCUUCUUCAUGAUCAUACUUGGAUGUAUCCUGUAUAUGAUGUCAUGGCUGAUGAAGAGACACAAGGUGCAAAGGGGCCCACUGGAGAGAGGGUGUGUGGCGCAGGGCAAACACCCCAAUGUGAGCUUACGAUGGUUCCAGCUGAUGAGUAACAGCAGUCCCAUGCCGCAGAUGGAUGAGGUGUCCUUCAACAAUGAAAAAGCUGGAACCUACAACCCUUCCUUCAGCCUCCAGGAAAAAUCUGGCACCUAUGUGCACAAAGACCUGCCUCUCUGCCGAGGACCCACCCCGCCCAGCACGACUGCUGCUCCCGACACCAGCUUCAUCCCCACAGAGGCCAUAUGCAGCCCUGUUAUCCUCAACAACGUUUCACCACCGAUCAAAAUGUCUGCUUCGCUCAUCUCUCACCCAACUAUUUUGGAUGUAAGCCCCGCAGAUAUGGCUAAAGCCGACGCUCCACCUCCAGAAAACCUUGGCUCACAGACUCAACCACAUGAUGCAGCCCAGAACCCUACUGAGGCCAAUGAAGGACCCCCACAGCCUCACGCCACCCCUGUACCCACUGAAAUCACUGGCGCUCCAAAUAUUACUCCUCUUCUACAAACCGCACCAUCCGACCCUGUAAACUCAACCAUCGACCCUUCCUCUCCUCCAUCCUCUCUGAUUGCUCCAUGUAGUGACACCCAUACUGCUUCAGUAGAGACAGACACUCCCCCAGACCCCUCAUACGCCCAUGGAGAAGCAGCUUCACCUUUGGAGUUGCCACCUUACCCAAAGCAGACGAGCACACCCCCACCCACCCCGGAGCAUGCACCCUCAAAGGUCAGUUUGAUGCACUUAGAUACUUCUCCCCUUGACACGCCUCCAUGUACAGACGCACCCUGUCAGGUUGACCAACCCUCUACUUCGCUGUCGGGCCAAACAGACCCAUCAGGGCACCCAGAAGGGGCAGCAGGCAACACUGUUAGCGCCUCUCAGCAGCGAAGGCCCUCGUCAAACUCAGGGAACACUCAGGACAGCCGCAGGGAGGGGGAGGUGGACGAUGACGGUUUUCUGGGAGAUGAAGACAAGAACAGCGAGGAUGACGACGAAUUAGAGCCUGACGAGGAAGAGCUGUUGAGAGUGCUCGCUCGUUUGCAUCCCACUUUUAUCUCGUUUAGUAAGUAAUGUCACUUUAAUAUCACUGAGUCUGAGGGUGACGAUGCCAACAGAAAGUUGGUGGACUAAUUGAGACACACCACUAUCUGUUGCUGCUGUACUUCACUGCUGAGGCAUGGAAGAGGACAAAACACACAGCAUAUACAACACAGUGACUACAUAGGAAAAGAUCAAGAUGCAUCCAUACACUCAUACAACAUACAUAUAUAUCAACACACACAAGCUGGUGAAUGAUAACACGCAAAUGCAAAUGUUGACUGUUCAUACCACACUAUUAGUUGAAGCGAUAGCAAUCAAAUGAGCUUUGUUGCACAAUGUUGUCGUUAAAGUCACAAACUUAAUCCUACCACUCUUUUAAUUCAAAUUUAAUCUGUAAAUCUUCCAUAGACUUUUGAAAAGUACUGUGUAUACCAAUUAUAGGCUUAGCACAAGUGUCCGCACCUGUCAUGAAUCAGGAUAUGUUGACUUACAAUGUUUACAUAUAAUGAGAUUUUUUUUUCUUCUAAGUAGCUGUUAAGUGUGUUUAAAACUCCCAUUUAGUGCAUUGCUUUGACUGUGUUUUGUUAUGCCUACUCUCCAUACAUGCUGCCUGAGUCGUUUGUGUGAGUAAAGUCCUCAUCUGACUU